UCAACUUCCGCGCGGUACUCUCUCGCCUCCAAGAUGGAGAAGUCGAAAAACUUCCGCAUCGACGCACUGUUGGCGACAGACACCCCGAAAGUGCAGACUUCCCCUCUGGCUCUCGUCACGACGCCAGGAAGCGGCGGAGGGGGAGCGGGAACCGGUGCCGCCGGUACCGCCAACGCCGCCUCGGAGCUUAGCAACCCAGUGGAGUCUCUCCGCGCGGAGACGCCGUCUCCUCCGCGGCUCUCUGCCCACGGCCUCAUCCCCAAGCCGAGCUUCCUGAGCGGGCCUCACGGGGUGAUGGGGCUCCAUCCCCAGAACAGCGGCGGAGGGAUGCCCGCGCAGGCGCUCUACGGCCACCCCAUGUACGCGUAUUCGGCGGCCGCGCUCACCGCCCAGCACCCUGCCUUGUCCUACACACCGUACCCGCACGGUUCCCAUCACGGCCACCACCAGCACCACCACGCAGGGGGGGACCCCAUCAAGCUGACGGCCAGCACCUUCCAGCUGGACCACUGGCUGCGGGUAUCCACCGCCGGGAUGAUGCUCCCCAAAAUGGCAGACUUUAACUCUCAGGCACAGUCCAACCUGCUGGGCAAGUGCAGGCGGCCCCGGACGGCGUUCACCAGCCAGCAGCUGCUGGAGCUGGAGCACCAGUUCAAACUCAACAAGUACCUGUCUCGACCCAAACGCUUCGAGGUGGCCACCUCUCUCAUGCUCACCGAAACACAGGUGAAAAUCUGGUUCCAGAAUCGGCGCAUGAAGUGGAAGCGGAGCAAGAAGGCCAAGGAACAAGCGGCACAGGAGGCCGAGAAACAGAAGGGCAGCAAGGGUGGGCAAGGUGGUGACAAAACCGAGCAAGAUGGCGACGGGUCGGACUAUGAGGGCGGCAAGACGACGACGAGCAAAAACGGCAGGAUACGAGACUUGAAGGACAGCGACGACGAGUGCGACCGCUUCCUCUACAACUCCUCGGACUGUUCCUCGGAUGACGAGCGCAAUCGAACCUGCGACCUCAGCCCGCAGCCUUGAAUGGACAUGGAGGAAGACUUUGCAUGCAAAGCCUUUUUCUCGUUGACAUUUUUAUGAAAAAAAAAAGAUAAAUGAUGACAAAAA